AUGCAGUUGACAUCGCAGCACGAGGCGGGUAUUCAGAACUACCAUUCAUCCCAAUCGCCCGAAUACAACGACGAUGCUACAGUGCCUUCUUACGCAGCAAAAGAUUUCGAGAGCCCAGUCGCAGAAACCGACACAGGCUUGUCACUCCACGGUCUUAACAUCUACGGGACUCUCCGCAAGGGAGAUCCCGCCAAGUUUUCACCAAGGAAUGUGCCGGUGUCCAUCAUUUUCUUGAAUGUAGCGAAGCUGGCAGCGUCGCAGCGACUCAUUUCGAUGCGUUCGACUUUCUGCUUCUUUUUCGGGCUGCUAUCGGACGGCUAUCCGAUCGUGGGGUUCCGCCGCAAAGCGCAGUUGAUCAUCAGUCUGGUGUCAACUGUGGUAAGCUACUUUGCCCUCUUGGCAUUAAACGCUCAUGGAGAAAGCCUCAAGCGAGGAACUAAUGCACUGGAUUAG